AUGGCAACCAUUGGCGUUAUCGUGUGUAGCCAGCGGAGUCCCCGAGCUGGACUGCAGAUCACCAACUUUGUCACCGACACCAUCCAAGAAGCAUUUCCCAGCGCAGCUCUGCGGCUGGUUGACUUGGUUUCCUGGGAUCUCCCGCUUUACAAUGAACCUGGCAUUCCCUCUCAAAUUACUUCAAUCGACGAAUACACCCACGAGACAACAAAGGCCUGGUCCCGGGAGAUCGCAUCCCACGCUGGCUUCAUCUUCGUCACUCCGCAGUAUAACUGGGGAUACCCCGCCAGCGUGAAAAAUGCGAUUGACUAUCUAUUCCACGAGUGGAAGGGGAAGCCCGCCAUGAUUGUCAGCUACGGAGGCCAUGGAGGGGGAAAGGCCGCAGAGCAGCUGCAGCAAGUUUUACAGGGUGUUCGGAUGCAACCUGUCGAGCCUCUCGUGGCCCUGACCUUUCCAGACAAGGAAUUCACGGGCCGAGCCAGCAGGGGAGAGGAUUUGGGUUUAAUGGAGGCACAGGGUAAAGGUCUAUGGAAGGAAAAGCGGCAGGAGAUUCAUGCGGCAUUUGAACGGUUGAACGAGUUGGUCAAUGCGGAGUAUUGA